AUGGAAGGAACUCAAGUCUGCUCAUACUUUACCAAUAUACCACCUGAAGAUUUGAAUAUUUCCAAAUUUUAUAAGCACCGCCAGCAAGAAAAAAACUUCACUGGCUCGUUCCAAAAGGAAGCUUUUACACUCAGGAAAUCUCUCGAUUAUCUUAUGAAAGACGGCUCACCUGAAGUAGCAAAGUAUUACGCUACUCUUUUAGAUAAAAAGUUCAAGGCAAGUAUUGUUUUGUUGCUGAGGGUUUUAAACAGUGGUUUAGAGCACUCACUGCGACUAAAAGAGAAGUCUACGCGUCAUCUCUUUGAUGAUCUACGUGUUCGUCGUCAUCGCACAAGUGAUAUGGAUUCAAAGCUAUUCUGGGAUAGAAUUGAGCUUGAUGCUGAAAUUGAAGUAAAGAGGAGGGAAAUGCGAUUGGCAGAAGCUGGAACAGUGACUGGCAUCAUGAAGAGAAUUGACGAGGCUCUGAUAUGA